GCAGGCUUUUAAUUGCAUGAAAGACUUCAGCCACCGCUACAAGUUUAUCCUCACCUUCAGGAUUUCAGACACUUAUUUGAACAGUGGGAAGAUGCUGAUGGACAAAAACGAAACUUGGCUCUCUAAUUUCUCCUCUGCUGACUCCUCCUUUGUGAAAGGAGGUGGCAACUUGGCAGGGAUUGGCCUGCAGGAGGUGGUCAUUGGGCUGAUAUUGACCCUCAUUGACUUGAUCACACUCCUGGGAAACACAAUAGUGUUCAUCUGCCCAGUGGUGGAAAAGAGACUGCGCACCGUCACCUAUAUGUUUAUCAUGUCCUUGGCCAUGGCAGACUUCCUUGUAGCUUGUCUGGUCAUGCCCUUUAGCAUCAUUUACGAGGUGACGGGGAUGUGGCUGUUUGGGAAGCUCUUCUGCAAAGUCUGGAUCUCCUUUGAUGUCAUGUUCUGCACUGCAUCCAUCGUCACGUUGUGCUUCAUCAGCCUGGACAGGUACUGCUCCGUGGUGACCCCCUACCACUAUUCAAGAAGGAUGUCCCGUGGCAGAUGCAUCGUGAUGACCUGCAUGGUCUGGGUAUACUCCUCCCUCAUUUCCUUCCUUCCUGUCAUGCAAGGCUGGAAUGAGAUCCCCGGGGUGGACUUUGAUGCAGGCAGAGAAUGCAUCUUUGUCACCAACUGGAUUUUUGCCAUCGUGGCUUCUGCUCUGGCGUUUUUUGUUCCCUUCAUGGUCAUGUGCAGCAUGUAUUUCUUCAUCUACCGCGCUUCGCGGCUCAAGGCCACUCGUAUCAUGUCUCAGACCCUGGAGAUCCACUACCACCCCAACAGCAAGCGGCAGAACCACCUGCAGCUGGAGAACAAGGCCACACGGACCAUCAGCAUCAUCAUCUCAGUCUUUGUGCUCUGCUGGCUGCCCUACUUUGUCCUCAACGUCUGGCUUGCAGCCAGAGGCACCGACUCCACCAGCACAGUCUUGGUUGAUGCAUUCAAGAUCAUCACUUGGUUGGGGUAUUGCAACUCCACCAUCAACCCAAUGCUCUAUGCUUUCCUGAACCGGGACUUCCAACGGGCCCUGAAGAAGCUGCUCAUUUGCAGGCACAGGUCUCAGGUGGACAUAGGAGAAGACAUGGUUUCCAUAGCCACGUUUUCCAAGACUGCUCCAGACUUAGAAUACAGCAUCACAGUGCCGGUGCCCAAUGGGGCCCUGAAGGGCAAACCCAAGUAA